UCAGCUUCGCGCUGACUGGUUCCGUGGGAGAGCGUGACGUCGACGCUGCCAGCGUGGAACGCACGUCGACUGCCAUCCAGGAAGUAAACGGACCGGUUCUGUUGAGUAGAGAAGGAAACCAGAGCACCACAUACGCCCGACUCCAAGCUUCAGCAAACACGUCUAUAGGGACGAACGUUACGUGUCCUUUCCCUGGACCGUGACAGAGCCGGACAAGCCUCUGCGUUAAGAUGAUGGUGAACUCAACAUUUGCUCAGGUGGGAAAGAAUCUCAGUGAAGCCAUGAGAAUCCUGGGAGACGGACAGAUAGAGCCAGAGACCGGACCAGUGAAGUGGCGCUUCAACAGAACCAGCAUCCCUGGACCCCUGCAGGGAGACGGUCAGGAUGUUGCCACUAUACUGCAUCUGGUUCACAACCUCAUUCAUGAUGAUGAGGAAGAGGAGGAGGAGGAGUAUGACAAGCCCAAGUCAAGUCAACCUAGGAUGCAGCAUGUGGGGGAACAGGGUCACAUGGCCUUACUGGGUCACAGCCUGGCCGCCUACAUCUCGGUGUUGGACAGAGAGCGACUGAGGAAGCUGACGACCCGGAUCCUGUCUGAUACCACACUGUGGCUGUGCAGACUGUUCAGGUAUGAGAACGGGUCAGCCUACUUCCAUGAGGAUGACCGGGACGGCCUGGUUAAAGUGUGUCGGCUGGUCAUUAACGCUCGUUAUGAAGAAUAUGCCUCCGAGGGCUAUUCAGUCCUCAGCUCCAGACAGCCAGUCAUCUACGCGAGUGCCUCCGGCAGGCCUGGUCUGGGGCAGCAUCUGUGCAGCCAGCUUGGCCUGCCUCUCUCGAGUCUUUGCACAGUCCCAUGCAACACCGUCUUUGGAUCACAACACCAAAUGGACGUUGCCAUGUUGGAGAAACUGAUCAAAGAGGACAUCGAUGGCAGAAAGCUUCCGUUGCUUUUAGUUGCCAACGCAGGUACCCCAGGGGCAGGACAUACAGACAAGUUGGCUCGUUUGAAGGACCUGUGUGAUCAGUACAGCAUGUGGCUCCAUGUAGAGGGGGUCAACCUGGCAACCCUGGCACUAGAUCAGGUUACCUCUGCUAUCAUGGCAGCUAGCAGGAGUGACAGUAUGACACUGACACCAGGUCAGUGGUUAGGACUCCCUGCCGUUACUGCUGUUACCCUCUACAGACAUGAAGACCCAGCACUGUCUCUGGCUGCAGGUUUGACCUCCAGCCAGCCGGUGGCAAAGCUGCGAGCACUGCCUCUCUGGCUCUCCCUGCAGUACCUUGGUCACAGUGGAAUUGUCCAGAAGAUCAGACAUUCCACCGUUCUGGCCCAGCAACUCCUGCCAAAGCUAAAAACUCUUGCCUCCAUCAAAACCUUGGUGGAGGACGAACUCGGCUCUCCUGUGGUGCUUUUCAAGUUUUCCCAGAAAACCAGUUCUGCAUCCAGUGGGGGCUCAGUCGAAGGUCACUGUGCUGGGGAGAAAGAGGUGCUUGAUGCCUUCAACAGAUGGCUGGGUGAACAGCUGCUUCAGUUAGUUCCCUCCAGUGGGGUAGAUUUGGUGGAGCUUGAGGACGAGGGUACAUGUGUUCGCUUCAGUCCCCUCCUGACGGCUGAAGUUCUGGGGACGCAAGAGGAGAAUAUCGAGGACAUAAUGCAGAAGCUGUCCGAGCUAGUGCCUGUGAUGUGCUCCACAAUGUGCCUGAGACAGGACUUCAGAGAGGAAUCCCACCGACACUCUCCCUCGCUCUCAUACAUACAACAGCAUAGCUGGCCUGGUCUCGGUGCUGUCCGAUAUGAGCCUCGAGCUGAAGGACUGGAUGAGAGCAGGAGGAAGCAGGAGCUGCUGAAAAUCAACAGUGAGCUGCUAAAGAAACUACAACACCUUGAGACUGACAUCAAAUUUUCCACAGGCCCUGAGUUUGGGACAGACGAGGACUGUAUCUUUGUUGGUAUGGUCACCGAGGACGUUGAUGUUUCAGAGUUGGUGGAUACCAUGGCUUCUCUUGGUAGAGAUAUAGAGGAGAGUGAAAGGCUGCUGGACAACAUGACAGAGGUGGUGAGGAAAGGUAUCCUGGAGGCCGAGCUGCAGCUGCAAAAAGCCAAUGAGGAGAAACUCAUGGAAGAGGGAGUGCUGAGACAGCUUCCUCUGGUUGGUUCUGUGUUGAACUGGUUCUCUCCAUCUCAAAGCUCCAUCAAGGGCAGGUCCUUCAACUUGGCUGCAGGUUCCCUGGACUCCACAGAGAGAACUUACUCCACCAAGGCCCAGCCAGGGAGUCCGUCUCUGCAAGAAGGUUCCACCUCAUUAAGUAAACAACCAGGUCAGAGGUUAUUCCGGCGCUCAGGGGCAGUCUCUGACUCCUUUAGUGAAACGUCCUCCAUCGGCCCAGCUGAGGAGACAAGUGACACGAGUGCUAUUCCCAGCAUCAACCCUCCCACCUCUUCUCCGGUGGUAGAGGAGGACCCACACACCGCAGGUGUUGCCGUACCAGGGUAUAUCCAGGAGACUUCGGUGCAGGUGCACACACAGCUGGAGGAUGACGUGGCUUCAGAAGACAGGCCGCCAGAUAGCCAAAAGAUGGAGCAAAGUGGGGAAUAGGAUGCACUGUGUCUGCAGGUGUUCUCAGCUGUCCUCCGAGUGGUUGCAGCCUAACAGAGAAAAGGAAAGGUGUUUGUUAUUCUGGUUUUGAAGGGAAAGUGGGGAUUGAAUUAGUUUAGUUUGUUUGUCUCUGUCCUAUGUCAAAGGAAAAUCUUCCCCUAAUACUUCCAUACUCCGAUGCACACUUCUGUGCAUUCUAAUUAUUUAGGGAUUCUAAGAAAAUGAUAAAUGUUCCGCUGUACUAAAUUGAUGGAUCAUUUCCUCUCUGAUUUGUCCUGUAUUCACAGGUACUCUAAGGAUACAGUGAACUAGUGAAUGAAGUCUUCUUCUGUCUAGCAUUUUUCUUUUUACAUUGAUCUCUUUCUUUCGCGUCUUGUUGGACUAGAGCAAAGGAGUAGCGCUAUUAUACCCUUAAGAUCUAAUAGAUCUUAAGCUCUAAGGAGGAAUAGGUUCAGGACCAGAUACGCCUUUUAAUACUUACUGUAUCAUAAACUGGAAGUAUAGCAGCUUCACAUUAAGGCAAUGCGUGGCACUCCCAAGUACAAUGUUUAGAUUUUUCACAGCAAAUAGUCUACACAAAUGAUAUAUCUAAAACAUUAAAUUAUUAACUGUAAUUAUGUAAAAUGAAAAAUCUGUCUAGGUGGAGUAGAGUAUUAUCUAUUUCAUUGAAAGAGAACUACUGAUAAAGCACUCCCUGGAUGCACUGAAACAAACUUGAUUUAGAGAAUGGGGGUCACAUUAUGAAUAGAACCUUGUAAGUUUGUGCGAAAAGUCCCAAAAUUACAAAUAUGAGUUUUUCAUGCGAUUAUUUAGUAUUUAAUCAUAUUCAACAAAGAUAACUGCUCAAUAAUAAUUUGAGAUGAAGUUGUCAUUUUAUGAAGAAAAUGUUAAGAAUUUACAAACUAAAAAAGUUUUUAUGAGAACAUCUUUUAUAAUAACAUUUUAAUAAUUUUAGAAGAUAUCAUUUUACAAAAACAUGGAUUAAGUUGUAUUUUUGAGAACUAUACUGACGUUUUGGAUCAAGUAAAACAUGUCAUUAGAUGCCCAUGGUUUUAUUCCAUUGUACUUGAGUAUGUAAUAAUCGUCCAUAGUCCUGGUUUUUCACUGUAAAGUCACCCAACGCCCCAGAUUUUUCUGUUCCCACAGUGUCAAAUUACAACUUUAUUGAAAUGAAGUAUUACCUUUAUAUUUCAUAAUUUAAAGUUAUGUAAUGGGACCUACUACUCCAUUUUACAAUAUAAAUCAAAAUCAGAUUACGUUUUUUGUUAUGCAAAUAUAUUGUAACGUGGGUAAUGAGGAUUAUUGCUCCACAGGUAUUCACUGCAGGAAACAUUCUGCCAGACCAGCACUAAUGUCUCUUCUAUUGUCCUCGCCCCAUUCUUAUAAUGGGAGACUUGUACGGAAUCUCAGUUGCCUGAUAUUAAGCAUUUUGAUGCAACUUUACACUACAUUAUUGAUAGCCCAUCAUCAGUAAGGGAAAUAUUGAUUUCACGGCUUUUGGAACUUAAUUGAAGAUAAUGCGCCUUAAUGGGUCUGGCAGAAUGGUUUAUCCCUCAUGGACGUCCCUAAAGCAAACUGUAAUCUUGGGGGACUAUUUACUCUAAAGAGUUGUAAUAUGUUGGUUUGACAAGACAUUGACACAGUGAGAAUGAAGAUUACAAAAUUAUUGAUUUCAGCAUUAUUGCACUAUUUCUGUAAACAUUUUAUUUUCUCCAUUUCUUUAUUUAAUUUUUGACAUGGUAUACAUGAAGCAAUAUCUUAGUGAUUAUUUCUGUGAUUUGGUUCUACUCCAAAGCUAAAUUGAUAACUUCAUAAACUUACAAGAACAGGAUUGAUGAAGAACUUUGAAUAGAUGUAAGGAAACAUCCUGGGCUGUCCUGCCUGUCACCGUCUGAAUGAUGUAUUGGAUAAGCAGAAUCUUCUCUCUUGAAUGUUUUUUACAAUUAGUUUACAGAAAAUAAACACUGAUAUAAA